UCACAAUCACACACCAUGCCUCCGCCAUCCUCGUCACACCGGCGGCGGGCCUCUGCCAACAUGGCGCAACAGGACGAUGAUGACAGCCUGCUCGGCUCGCGACAACUCGAAGCCUUUGGCCGCACCGUCCAUGCCACUGCCAGCCACUUUAUCGGCCCUCUUGCAGGCGAUCCUCACCACUACCAAUCCGCCCUGGGCGACAUCCACCGCGAGCUACGCCGGCCCUUGAUACAGCGCUCUGUCUUUGAGCUUGCCAAAGCCUCUCCUAAGGAACUCGUCCGAUCCACUUUCUCCACCACCGAGAUUCAGCACCGCGCCUUAGUCCAUCUCCCAGAUGAUCUUCUCCGCCACAUCCCCGAACGCACCAGCACAUACUCCCUAUUCCAAGGCUUCCAGGCCUCUAAGCCCGAAGAGAAGAAGAAAUCGGCUCGCAGCAACGACAAAGGCCAGAAGCUACUUGGUCACGACAGCGACGAUGAAGCAGAAUCGACCCCAACUACCCCUGCAGCCGCCCUCAAGAAGGUCAAAACGAAGAAGGCUACCAUGGAACAUCGCUUGGAGAUGAUGGGCAUCCGCAAGAACAUGUGCAUUUCAGAAAUCAAAGAGAUCGACACCAAGAUUGCAAACCUCAAUACUAUGAGAAAAAUCGUCCUUCAACGACUAGCUGGUCACGAGCAGGAGGAAGUCGACCUCGAGCAUGAGAUUCAAGAGAUGACCGAGAAGCUUCAGGAUAUGCAGGAGGCAAUAGAAGAUGCUGCUGCUUUGGCUACCAAAUCUCCGCCACUCGAGCCCACGCCAGACACGCCAACCGAUAUGGCCGAGUCUACCGAGACCUUCAUGUCUGAGUCCGUCUACGGAAAACUGCCAACCCCUUCACCCACCAAGACGGAUAAGGAGAAGGAAAAGGAGAGAAAGAAGCGCCGUGUUAACAGGCGCAAAUCAAUGCCUGUCUUGCACGAGCACAUGGAGAAGGGUUCUCGAAUUCGUGAAUUCCAAGCUCACAACGACAUGAUCACCGCUCUGGACUUUGACGCUCCUUUCGGUACUCUCGUUUCCGCUGCUCUUGACGAUACAGUACGCGUAUGGGACUUGAAUGCUGGAAGAUGCAUUGGUCUUCUCGAAGGCCACCACGCCUCGGUUCGCUGCCUGCAGGUACAGGACAACUUUGUAGCCACUGGUUCAAUGGAUGCCAGCAUUCGUUUUUGGGACUUGAACCAAGCCGAGUAUUCUCCUCCGCCGAGCUCACGGAAUAACAGGUUCGGUCGACUGGACAGGGACGCGGACGACGAAGAUGACGCCGAUAUGUUGUCGGAUCCUGAAUUGGAUCCUCUCCCUGUCGCACCUACAUCUUCCAUGCAGGAUUGUCUGGUUACCGAACUCUCUGCUCACGUGGCCGAAGUCACUGCUCUCCACUUCCACAAAAAUACUCUCGUUUCUGGCUCAGCCGACAAGACACUUCGCCAGUGGGACUUGGAGAAUGGUCGCUGUGUGCAAACACUGGAUGUCAUGUGGGCAGCAGCUCAGGCUAGUGUAUCAAAUAACAGCUUCGGCGCUCCAUCCCCAGCUGCUGCAGAUCCUAGUGCCUCAGAAGGCUGGUGGCGACCUGCUUCUGGCCGUUUGCCGCCUGCUGAAGCGGACUUUGUUGGUGCCAUCCAGGUGUUCGAAACAGCAUUGGCAUGCGGUACAGCAGAUGGCAUGGUCAGACUCUGGGAUCUGAGAAGCGGCAGUGUUCACAGGAGUCUGGUUGGCCAUACGGGGCCCAUUACGUCUUUGGCUUUCUCUGGCAUUCAUAUGGUGACUGGCAGUGCUGAUCGUAGUGUUCGGAUCUGGGACCUCCGCACUGGUGGCAUCAUUGACGCAUUUGCAUACGAUUCACCUAUUGUCGACUCAUCUGUUGACGCAAGACAUAUCGUGUCUGCCAUUGGUGAAUCAGUGGUCAAGAUUUAUGACAAGACAGAUGGCAACCAAUGGGACUGCGGACCUGGAGCCUCUGAAGAGGAAGACCAAGGGCCGUUUUCGACCAUCGAGCGUGUCCGCAUCAAGGACGGAUAUCUGGUUGAGGGUAGANAAGAUGGUGUUGUCGGCGUGUGGUCAUGUUAA